AUGCUUCUCCUUGACUACCAAAAUGUGCUCAUCCAAUCGGUUCUUACCGAGAGGUUUUCUGGCGCCCCUCCCACGGCGAUCGACCAGACCGUCUCUGACUUUGAUGGCGUCAUCUUCCACAUUUCAACCCCGGAGACCAAGACGCAGAUACUACUGUCUAUGCAAAUAAAGUGCUUCAAGGACUUGGUUCAGUACGGUGCCGAGCAAGUUCUGCGAAGGGAGUAUGGCGACUACGUUGCUCCCGUGGAACCAGGCUACGACUUCUCCGUUUUGAUCAAUCUGGAGCAGCUGCCUGCCGAUCAGGAGGAACGUGAAGCCUUGGCAAUGAAGUUUGCUCUGCUGAAACGCAAUGCCAUGGCCGCUCCUUUCGAGCAAGCGUACGAGGCUCAUUACAAACUGAAGGAGGAGGCGUCCAAGUUCACCUCGGAAGAGGCCCCCCAAGGCGUGCGAGAAGGGGGCCAAGUAAUGGCCAUUCACUAUCGAGAGGAGGAGGCCAUUUAUGUCAAGGCCAGCCAUGACCGCGUCACCGUCAUUUUCAGCACCGUUUUUCGCGAGGAAACCGAUAGGGUCUUCGGAAGGGUGUUUAUCCAAGAGUUUGUCGAUGCGCGAAGGAGAGCGAUACAGAACGCGCCGCAAGUCCUGUUCCGAAACGAUCCGCCACUUGAGCUGCAAGGCGUCCCAGGGGUGCAGCACACGGGUACUGGCGAAAUCGGCUACGUUACUUUUGUUCUGUUCCCAAGACAUUUGACCCCACAGCGAAUGCCGGUUGUCAUCUCUCACAUCCAGACUUUCCGAGACUAUUUCCAUUACCAUAUAAAGGCGUCCAAGGCAUACAUUCACUCCCGUAUGCGAAAGCGAACGGCAGACUUCCUGCAAGUGCUGCGUCGUGCUCGUCCCGAGAAUGAAGAGCGGGAGAGGAAGACUGCAACUGGCAGACGCCGGGGCAACAUAUGGCUACACGGCCCUCGGGUCACGAAUAUGAUGGUGUGGCCAUUUGGAUCUUCCCGCUCCAUCGGCGAUCCAAAUGAUGCCGAGCCCAAGAGGCGGCCGGUUUCUUGGUCCGAGUCAGUAACGCGUCCCGAUGACCACUUUCAGGCAGCCAAAGAAUGGGCGCCGAUGGUCCUCUUCUCCCUCGUCGGACUCGGCGCUAUUCAGCUCUACGCGAACUACCUACGUCGGAUUCCCGGUGCGGCCCAUGUUCGACAAAACUUCUUUCGCAGCAGAAGCCUAUUUGGCCGCGUGACGAGCGUCGGGGACGGUGACAACUUCCACUUAUUUCACACGCCAGGUGGGCGAGCAGUAGGAUGGGGUUGGCUGCGAAGGGUGCCCGAGGGCAGGAAGCAGCUCAAAGACCGCACAAUAUCCGUCCGCCUUGCCGGCGUCGACGCUCCCGAAGGCGCGCACUUUGGACGACCGGCCCAACCAUUCUCGGGUGAAGCGCUGAAAUGGCUGUCCAACUACAUCCUUGGACGAAACGUUCGGGCAUACAUAUACAAGCGAGACCAGUACAGCCGCAUAGUUGCGACCGUCUAUGUUUGGAGAUACCUCAUCCGCCGAGACGUUGGCUUGGAGAUGAUCAAACGCGGAUUGGCGACAACGUACGAGGCAAAAACUGGUGCUGAAUUUGGCGGGCUCAAGGACGUUUAUCACAAGGCCGAGGCCAAGGCAAAGCGGAAACGGAGAGGGAUGUGGUCAGGCAAGGCGAGCGUGUUUGAGAGCCCGAGGGAGUACAAAAGGAAGUGGGCUGGUGAGCAAAAUAUGAUGGACAGAUGA